AUGUUAACUAUACUCUUAGAACAUGGUGUUGAUAUUUCUUGCUUAUCCAUGCUUAGCGAAGAAAUGAUUAAAGAAAUUGUACCCAAAGUUAGUGACAGAGCUAAGCUUAUUACUAAUCUUGGCGAAUGGAGAAAAGUAUUAGAACUAGCAAAUAACAGAACUGAAUACAUGGACUUGAAUAACUCUCAAAUAACUCCAAUAGACAUUAAUGUUUUGCCUCAAUUACCUAAUGAGGAUUUAUCUUCACUGAACAUUGAUGUUUCGUUGGGCCAUCCACAUCAUCACAAGGUCCCUAAACUUCUGGAUUUUUUGAAAAGUACAACAGAAGGUAGAUCAAUUUUGUCUGCGUAUAAAGACUUGUUAGAUAACGCCGGAAGAAGAAAGUUAUGCAAUUUAAUUGUUAGGAGGGAACUACAAGACAAUCCAGAAACCCCAGUUAAGACCCAAAGACUGCUCUUUCUCGCACAAGAAAUAACAGAAGUGUUUACCAAGGAACACAUCAGUACAUAUUUUAUUCCCUACAUAAACUAUGGUCCUUAUCUAAAGAAAGCAGCUAAGGGAAAAUUACUGGAUUGUUUCAACAACCGAAAAAGAGAGUAUAAGAAAGCUGGUCUAAUCGUUGCUACUCCAAGAUAG